GGCGGGCGGGCGCGGCCCUCGGCGGCGGAGGGCGCCAUGGUGGGUGGCGAGGCGGCCGCCGCGGUGGAGGAGCUAGUUUCGGGGGUGCGGCAGGCGGCCGACUUCGCGGAGCAGUUCCGCUCCUACUCGGAGAGCGAGAAGCAAUGGAAGGCUCGCAUGGAAUUCAUUCUGCGCCACUUGCCCGACUACCGCGACCCGCCCGAUGGCGGUGGCCGCCUGGACCAGCUGCUGUCCCUCUCCAUGGUGUGGGCCAACCACCUCUUCCUGGGUUGCAGUUACAACAAAGACCUUUUAGACAAAGUGAUGGAAAUGGCUGAUGGGAUUGAAGUGGAAGACCUGCCACAGUUUACUACCAGGAGUGAAUUAAUGAAAAAGCAUCAAAGCUGAGGCAGAAGAUUCAUCACAUUUUCAACAUCAGCUACAGGCUUAGGAAGGAGGCUGGGAUGAAUGUGACAUGGACCACAGCAGCUCUCUUAAGAUUCCUGGUAUUUCCAACAUGUAGGAAAGAGGCAGUUAGAAUGACAACCUUGUCUAGUUUGGAGUUUUAAAAGGUCUCAUUCUUCCAGUAGCUAUCAUUGUAAAAGUGUGCAUGGAUAUUUAUGUAUUUAUAAAUCAUGCCCUUUUUUUAUUUUCACUUUUUGAAUGUCAAACUUUUUGUUAAAGAUGCCUAUUUUUUUUUUUUUGUUGUUGUUGUUGUAAUAAUUGCCGGUAGUGAAUUUUACAAUUUGGACUUUUCAAUAAUGUAUUUUCAAGU